CUUAUAUACUUCCAUGAACUCCUUAUUGAAAAACAUCCAUUUUGUUCUAGCAUCCAGACUGUCUUGUCUAAUUUGUUGUUGGUUUUGGGAGGUGGAAUGUUGCUGAUUAUAUUAAGGACAUAGUCUACAGGAAUGUACUCCAGGAAGUUAAGGUAAGAAUGCUCCCAGGCACAACUCCCAAUAAAAUUUAAAUUUCCCUCUGCCAAACUCUCUCUCCCCACCUCCGGUGGUCCCGGAAAUCUUAGCCCUUCUUUCUUUCCUCCUUUAUUUCUUCUUCCCCCAUUCUAUCAAAAUGGAGAGCACCAUAUAUUUUGCAGUAGGAUUCAAAUCAUAUGACCUGAAGAUGAUAUCAGGGACGACAGGAGUCUGGUAUGACUGGACUGAAAGGAGUAGAAGCGCGAUUUCUAGGACUUCCUUCAACAAAAGAUCGAUGGAAUGGAUAGUGCAGGUGUUGAAAGAGGCAUUUAAGACCAAAGGAAAUGUUGUUCGUAGAUGGAAGAAAGUAGAAACUUUGUCUGAAGUUUUCAUAGCCCUCAACUACAACAAAUUUGGAUGCUACAUCAGUCUGAUAAAUGUAAGGGGAAGGAGGAGAACAGUUCUUAUCAUACCAGAGUUGACGACAAACUCUGGAUGGGGGGAUAUUGCAGAAAAGGUGGCUAGGUUCAUUUGCAGUCACAAGACAGUGAAUAAACUAGAGGAAUAUAGGCUAUCUGAUAGCAAUAUUCCAUAUGCAAUGGUGGUCAGGAUCUUUAAGUGGGAAGGCAGAGAUGGGAAAGAAACAGAGACAAACUUCACAGUAAAAAGUGGAGGAAUCAUUAGCAUUAAUGAUUCUUUAAUAAACCAAAACGAGGUAUUGAAAAGGAGUUUGGUGGGAGAUUUCAAUGCCUCUGCAACCCUCGCCGAGGUCAGAAGGUGGUCCAACAACAACUGGAAACAAGCCCCUGGUCUAAACAUUUAUGAGAUGGGGAAUGGUCUCUUUUUAUUUGAGUUUUCCUCCAAACUCAUAGCAGAGCGGGUCAUGGAAGGAGAAUGGAUCUGGAUGAAAAGCCCAAUAAAACUACGAUGGUGGAGCCCCUCCAUCGAAACAUCAAAAUCAUCAAAUAGACCCAAAACGACAUGGGUAAGGAUCGUAGGUCUUCCACUCCACCUCUGGUCCCAAAGACUCUUCAAGAUCAUCGGAGAAUAGUGUGGUGGCUGGGAGGAAACAGAGGAAGAAACCAUGCUACGGAAUCAUAUCAAAUGGGCUAGAAUCAAGGUCCAUGGCGACGGAAGUAACAUUUCGAAGGAGGUGACGAUCGAAAACGGAGGGACUUAUUCACGAUGCAACUUUGGGUAGAAGCUCCGGCGAGGGUAACUAUCGGAGCGGAAGGACCAACUGAAGCUUUAACCCAACAGUCCAUGCAAGAAAAUCCACUGGACAAAAGGAGGUGUGAUACAGAAGAAGUACAAUGGAAGGAAAAGGUGUCAGGGGCAUGUGAUGAACCACGUGGGCGAACUUGGAUAUCUGGGGACCAUACAGUGGAUUUAAUGAAAAGAGCUAAACAGGCCUAGAUAUCCGGGGAAAUUUUUUUUGGCCCAACAACUUGUUUGGGCCAGAGAUACAAAGGAAAUUCUGGAACCCAUUUAGGUUUAAAUGAGGACCAAAUUAAAGACAUAAAUGGGCUUUUAGCCAUUAAAUUCUACAGAGGAUAUAACAAAGGAGAAGAUGGCGGGAGAAAAAGUAGCAGGUGAGAAUAAACACAUGCAAACCCAAAAUUCAAAACAGAUCAUUGAAUUAAGUAGCACGAGUGAACAAUCUGAAGAAGAGAUUACGACCAAAGAUCUAAACCAGGCGGAAUUACAGUUGCAACAAAUCCUUGAAGCUGAACCAGUGGCUAUGCAGAACUUGGCAAAGGAAGAUCUGGUCGAAACGGAGGCAUCAUAUUGGGUCAACUCACAUAUAUUGGAGUUGAGCAAUACGUAUGGGGUAGCAUUCGAAGGAUUUGAGAAGGAGACACUUGCACUACUCAUGAGAAUUGAUGGAAGGAAAACAACAAGAAGCAGGGGAAAGCUAUUACCACCCCUAAAAGCAGGGGCAUAAAUAAGAAUGAAUUGAAGAAGCUCCAAUCUAGUCUUAACAAAGAGGUUGAAGGUGCUAGAAGCAGGGGGAGGGUUCUGAGUCUGAUCUUUAAAUGAAUAUUAAGCUGAUCACAUGGAACGCGAGGGGUCUUAACAACACCAAUAAGAAUUGGUUAAGACGUGUUUGCAAAAAUGGAAAGCGGUGUGGUUUGUCUACAGGAAACCAAGGUGAAUAAGGGGAUUGCAUAUCAACUAUGGUCUUGCAGAUGGAUGAGACUUGGAUUCAUUGAGGCAGAUGGUAGCAAGGGGGAAUACUUCUUAUGUGGGACAGUAGAGUAUGGAUGGGUACUAAGGUGGAGGAAGGGACCUUUUCAAUCACUUACAAAUUUGAGUCUACACAUAACUACUUUUCCUGGUAUUUCACUGGAGUUUAUGCCCCACAUAGAAGAAACGAGAAGCUAGAGUGUUGGGAAGAGAGGACUGCAAUGAAGGCAUUGUGUGGAAGAUCUUGGGUCACAUGUGGAGAUUUUAGCACUGUGAGGCACAUGGUGGAAAGAAGGGGGUGCAACAGAGUCACAAACAUCAUGAAUGAUUUCUUUAGAUGGAUUGAAGACCUAAAGCUACAUGAUCCUUGUCUUAUAGGAGGAAAAUUCACCUGGUUCAGGGGAGGUGACCAUCACAGUGCAGCUAGACUAGAUAGGUUCCUAUACUCUAUGUAGUGGGAGGAGAACUUCAAAAGCAUCAAGCAAAGUAUUCUCCUCAGAGCAGUGUCUGAUCAUAAUCCUAUCAUGUUGGACAGUGGUAACUGGGAACAUAGACAACCAUAUUUCAAAUUUGAAAAUUGGUGGCUCAAGGUUGAUGGUUUCAAUAAUAUGGUGCAGGGGUGGUGGAGCAGCUUUGAGGUAGAAGGGUUCCCAGAUUACAAGCUCAGCAGUAAACUAAAGAUGCUUAAACAAAAGCUAAAAGAAUGGAGCAAGAAGAUUUUUUCUGAACUAGCUCACAGAAAAAACUGUCUGCUUGAAGAAUUAGCUGAAUUUGACAGAAUCCAAAAUGAUAGAAUACUUCAGGAUGAGGAAAUGAUGAUAAGAGCAACAAUCCUUGUUGAACUAGAAGUAUUGGCCAAACAAGAAGAAGACAGAUGGAGACAAAAAUCAAGAGUAUUAUGGUUGAAACAAGGGGAUAAGAACACUAGGUUCUUUCAAAGGCUAGCAACUGCUCACAGGAGAUACAACACAAUUGACAGACUGGUGGUAAGGGGGGAGGAGAUACAGGAUCAUGUAGAAAUUAAAGGAGCCAUGAUAGACUUCUAUGCCAGACUCUACUUAGAACCUGAAUCCUGGAGACCCUCUUUUGAUUUUGUAGGUUGUCCAACAGUCUCUACAGAAGAAAAUGAAUAGUUACAAAGACCAUUUACAGAAGAGGAGGUGCUACUGAUCAUCAACCAGUGUGAUGGGGACAAAGCAACUGGCCCUGAUGGCUGUUCUGUGGAUUUCUUUAAGAAAUGUUGGGAUAUUUUGAAUGAAGACUUGAUGCUGAGUAUACAAAAUUUUCAUCAGAGGAGUGUGUUUGAGAAAUCAUUUAAUGCUACAUUCAUAGCUUUAAUCCCUAAGAAACAUGGUGCAGUUGAGCUAAAAGACUUCAGACCAAUCAGUUUGAUAGGAGGAGUCUAUAAAAUCAUGUCUAAGUUGCUGACUGAGAGAAUGAAGACAAUGAUAGGGAAAUUGGUUGAUGAACACCAAAUGGCUUUUCUGAGAGGUAGGCAAAUAAUGGAUGCAACACUGUUGGCUAAUGAAUUGGUAGACUCCUGGGUAAAGCAGAAGAAACCAGGUAUGCAAGCUAGACACCGAGAAAGCCUAUGACCAUGUCAAUUGGAAUUUCCUCCUAAAAAUUCUAAAGGACAUGGAAGCACUGAAGGAUUCCUCCAGUCUGAGAGAGGUCUUAGACAGGGAGACCCUAUGUCCCCUCUCCUAUUUUUACUAGCCAUGGAGGGCUUGAAUCAUAUGUUAAGGAAGGGAAAGACUAAUGGGUGGGUGAGAGGAUUUAGUGCACUUACCGGGAGAGGGGAAGAGCUGGAGAUCACAAACUUAUUCUAUGCUGAUGAUGCUCUUAUAUUUUGUUAGGCAGAGGAGGCACAAAUUAGACACAUAAGGGCUAUACUCACUAUUUUUGAGGGCAUUUCAGGCCUCCAUGUCAACUGGUUGAAGAGUCAUCUCUUUUCUUGAGCUAGCUAAGACAUUGGGUUGCGUAGAUGCACUACAACAAAGUAUCUGGGACUAUCUUUGGGUGCAAAGAACAAAGAGCUGGAAGUGUGGAAUGUGGUGUUGGAGUGAUGUGAUAAGAAACUAGCCAGAUGGAAAAGCCAGUACUUGUCACUAGGUGGCAGGGUGACCCUCAUCAAGUCAGUACUGGAUGGAUUGCCUACUUAUAUGAUGAGCCUAUUUCCAGUCCCCAAGAACAUUGAGAAGAAAAUAAAUAGGCUAAGGAGAUCUUUUCUUUGGCAAGGCAAUAAGGAAAAGGGAGGUUACAACUUGGUGAAAUGGAACAGUCUCACACUUAGCAAAAAACAAGGAGGCGUAGGACUAAAGAACCUAAGUCUCCAGAACAGUUGUUUGCUCCAAAAAUGGCUAUGGAGAUUCUGUACUGAAGAUAGAGCCUUGUGGAGGAGAUUUAUAGCAGGAUAGUAUGGUUUACUUAACCAAUGGACAACUAUAGAGGUUAUGGGCACAUUUGGAUGCAGUGUCUGGAAGACCAUUAGAAGACUAUGGCCACAUUUCAGAAACAACAUAUGCAUUAGUGUUGGGGAUGGAAUGAAGACAGAGUUCUGGAAUGAAGUAUAGAUAGGGGAGGACAGUUUGAGAAACCAAUUCCCUCACCUAUAUACAUUGAGUCUACAGAACAAUGACAACGUGGCACAAAUAUGGAGUCAACAGGGUUGGAAUCUACUGUUUAGGAGAGCAUUGAAUGAUUGGGAAAUUGAGGAGGUUGCUAUGCUAUUAGAGGUUCUUAAUAAUUUUCUAUGUACUUCUCAGAAGUCUGAUAAGCCAAUAUGGAAGAUACACAAAAAAGGUAUCUAUACAGUGAAAUCAUGCUAUUGGAAGAUGAACUAUAAUGUCUCACUGGUUGAUAGAUGGCCCUGGAAACUUCUUUGGAAGGUGAAAUGUCCAUUGAAAGUCUCAUGUUUUGUUUGGCUACUCAUGUCUCACUCAUGAGGCCCUACAGAAAAGAGGCAUGCAAAUUUGUUCAAGGUGCUUUAUGUGUGAACAGGAGGCUGAAGUGAACAACCAUCUAUUCAUACACUGCCAAAUAGCUGCCAGUUUGUGGAAUAUGUUUUUAUGCGUUUUGGGGGUUAGCUGGGUGAUGCCAAAGACUACUUUGGAGCUUCUGAACAGUUGGCCAGGAGUUGGAAGCAGAGUUAAAAAGGAAGAAUGGUGGAAGCUCAUCCCAACAUGUAUCUGGUUGUCCAUAUGGAAGGAAAGAAACACUAGGUUCUUUGAAGGACAUAAAAUUACUUUUCAGAGGAUUAAAACAAACUGUAUUAGUCUUCUAUUUUUUUGGUGUAAACAAGAUUUGAUGGGGGAGGUGGUUGAAGUAGUUGAGUUCUUAGGAAACUUGUAAUCUGACUACCCUCAUGGGUGUGUGCCCAUUACACUAUGGGAUGUAAGUUUCCAAUUCAUCAUUUCUUGGAUGAUGAAUUUUUUGUGAAUACAAAGUUACCCUUAUUUCAAAAAAAGGAAUGUACUCCAGCAGUUUUUGAUGGUUCCAUCCUUCAUUAUCAGCAAACUGACUUACCUCCACUUCUUCUUCCCUUCUUGUAAAAUGUGAUACAAAGCUCCCAUAGAGGUCCAAUUAUCAAACUAGAAACUUGAAUACCCCUCCUAAAUACCUCUCCUUAUCUGCCACAAUAUCUGGUGAUCUAUUAUAUCCCUCACUAUUAUCAGUUUCUUCCAUACAUAGAUGCAUCCCUACUUUGAGCAAUGACAGGGUGCAACUUUUUUACAGUAUUUUAUUAAUCAUGAAAGCCCCCAGGGGGAUGGUCUGCUGAUCAGAUUCCAGCAUAGCUUGCAGAACAAAGCACUGGAGACAUCAAAAAAGGGAUCUAAAGUCCAUUCCUCCCUCUGAUUUUGAUAAAAUAGAGUAUCCCACGCACCCAGUGUCUACCCUUUAUGCCUGUUGAAUUAUGCCAAAUUUUUUUUGCAAACAUACAAUGAAUCGUCCUUAUCACUCCUAUUGGUGGGUUAAGAGCAGAUAGUAGAUAACAGGAGAAUGAGCAUGCCUUGAAGAACAUGGUUUAUAAGCACUGCUUUUCCACCAUAGGAUAAGAAUCUUCCUUGCCAACCAUUUAUUCUGUUGCCAAUCUUUUUUACAUUGGUAUCAUAAUAAGAAAUCUUGGGACCCAUCUUGAUGAAUCUUGAUCCAUUGCUUCAAAAAUGUUCCAUCAGUCUCAUGAUUUAGUGGCCUCGGAACAAAUUUGUGCAUUCCGAUGUGCCUCCUCCCCUUUCUAGUCGACCAUCUCUAACUAAUAUUUACAUGAAUUUUGUAUUUGCUCUAUGCAGGGGGGAAGAAAUUUGUGGGAAGCUAACAUACUUUGUCCGGAAGAGAGAUGGUUAACCACCCCCAUGAAGCCUGUGAAUUGUGCACCCGCAUGUGCAUUUUGAUACAUGGACAAAGGGAUCCCUCACCAACUGUUUUCUCUUUCUUUAAAGUAAUGAUCGACAGGCAUUUCUCCAAAGUUCUGUACUUUCCGUCCAGAUUUGCUAGAUUGGUAUCUCAUUUGACUAAUCAAGAAACUGAGCUGGAAGACUCAACUGGACAGCGAUGGAGGGUGGGAAUAUGUAAUCAUAACGGUUCGCUUGCAAUUCAACAAGGAUGGCGUACCUUUUCAUCAGAACAUGGUCUAAAAAUGGGAGACUUCUUGGUUUUCCACUAUGUACAGUGUCAGCACUUCGUUGUGCAAAUAUAUGGAACAACUGGUUGUGAGAAGAUCAACUUUUACAAUGGCACUCGCACGGGGAAGAAAAGACUGAGAACUAAUUCUACAGCAACUUCCCAUGAUGAGCUGUCACCAGGAACUGACAGAAAGCUAAGGAAAAACUCGAAUUCAACACCCUCAGUUACUGCUGUACCAGUAUCUGAAAGGUCUGGACACCAGCCAGUGAUCACAACUUUUGCAUCGAACAUUGAUGCUGACACUGGAGAGCGACCAAUAGUUCCCCAAGAUCAUAGGGGUCUUAUCUCUGGCACAUCUCUGAAAUCAGCUGAAAAUGGUGUCAAGGGUAAGAAAACAAGAGUUGAUAAGCGAGAACAGAAGGAGAUGGCAGCAAAAACACGUUGCCCUUCUAAAAAGUUAAAUGGAAAAGAGCCAAAAGUAACAGAGAAAGAUGGUCAAGGUUACCCUGAGCCCGAAACUGGUAAUAACAAAGCUAUACGAAGCGAGCCUGCUGAUUCAGGAGACACAUCAUUUCCUGAUGCUGGAAACUUCUCAUGUUUGCUGCGGGUGGAUGGUCGAAAUUUCCUGGAAUUACCACAAAGCUGGCCACAAUUUGUAGGGAGCAGGAAGAAGAUGGGAAAGAUUACUAUUUAUCUCAAAGGACCAGAUAAUAGACCCAGGCCUGUCAUCUAUCAUGAGGAUUUCGGUUCUAAGGUUUUGACAGGAAAUUGGGCAUCAUUUACUGAAGUUUAUGGCCUUAAACCUGGAGAUGAAUGUCUAUUCCAACUUUCAAAUGAGGCAGAACGUAUGUUUACUGUACAGGUAACCCACAAGGUAGAUGUCACUCAAACUACUUUGAGUUGAUUAUCGUGAGGCAGUUGCGAGAACAAUGUAAUGGGAGCUAUGGCGAGAUUUUACUUGAUUUAAGCAAAUCUGUAUUGGAUAUUGACUUGAUUCAUCCUGUGCUUUUUCUGUGAAUGCUAUGCUGAUACAUUCAUUUAGCAUCAUCAUCAUACAUUGAAGCAAAUAAAGGGCUCAAAGUUGCAGAUUUGGCAUGCACCCUUUUCUUUCUCUCUUAGAAACACAGCAGUUAGAAAAAGUAGCUCUGUCCGGCUGAACCCGUGCCACUAGUACUCAUUGUGAAUGCUGUGGUGGUCAGAGCUAGCUACCCACCAGUUGCUGGUGCCAACACGUUUAUAUUUCAGCUUGGUAUAAGUAGUCAACCUCCCCAAGUAUGAAUGCCGUCAAGGCUAAGGGUAGACUUUUUGUCCCAACACUUGCAAGUUUAAUUGUUUGUUCUCGCAUUUCAUGAUU